AUGUCUUUCAAGAAGUUCGUACGUACGAAGAAAGCUUCCGACGAAGCUUCUCUCAGCACGUCAGAUAGAGUUGAAUCGAAGCUCAAUGUCUUGUUUGUUUGCAACGAGUGGAACUCUAGCAGGGGAGGUUUAUCUACGUUUAACCGAGAAUUUGCUAUUAAUCUUGCUCAAACAUCGAGGGACGACUUUGCGAUUCACUGCUAUGUUUGUCAGAGCAGUGAAUCAGACAGAGAUGAUGCUAGAAAACAUGGUGUGAAUUUAAUAACAGCAAAGAGUAUACCAGGGACUGGUGACCGUCUGGAAUGGCUGAGACUUCCUCCUUCGGAGCUUCCACAUCCUGAUGUUGUGAUCGGCCAUGGACGAAAGUUUGGCACUCCUGCUUAUUGCAUUGUACAAAAUGCCAAGUGCAAAUGGGUGCAGUUUGUGCAUGUAUUUUGCGAAGACCUUGGAAAGUACAAGCAAGAAACAGAUGCAGUAGAAGAGAAUGAGAAAAAGCACAAAGACGAAAUCAAACUCUGCAAAGAAUCAAACGCCGUUGUCGCUGUUGGCUCACGACUCCAGGAAAAGUACAGCAGAUGUCUCCCAGACACAGAAGUUCACAUCAUCACUCCUGGAAUUUUGGAUAAAUUUGUCAGUCUUUCAGAUCAGAAACUUGCCAACGUUUCGCAUGGUCCUGACGAGUUCAGUGUGUUUGUCUUUGGGAGAGGAUCUUAUGAAGACCUCGCCCUCAAGGGUUAUGAUAUUAUUGCCAACGCAUUAGGUUCUCUUGGGGAGAAGUUCAAGAUGACAUUUGUUGGUUCACCUGAAGGCCAACAUAACAUUAUAAUGGACUGGUUUCUACAAAAUACAAACAUAACAAGGAGGCAGUUAACAGUACGUGGUUACUGUAAUCAAGAGGAGGUGAAAGAAAUGUUCUAUGCAGCAGACUUGGUUGCUAUGCCUUCUCGUACUGAAGGCUUUGGUCUGAUCUCCUUGGAAGCCAUUUCUGCUGGUGUUCCUGUUCUUCUUACCAGUGAAUCUGGAAUAGCUGAAGCUUUAAAGAAAGUUAAUGGUGGGAAAUCUGUGAUCAUUGACUCAGAAGAUCCCAAAGAGUGGUCCCAAAAAAUCAGAAUUCUGUCCAAGAACAAGCCGGAUGAGAGACUCAAAACAUCCAUUUGUCUCAGAGAAAGCUAC